CACAGGAUUGUGGGAUAUCAAAGACAGCUAAGGAUACACCUAUGCUUUCUUCAAAAAUCGAUCCGAGGAAGGCAUCUCAAGAGAAAGGAAGUGAAGCUAACAUUAGAUUCGGACGUGCCUUGAUGCCUUCCUAGUUCCUACCCUGAAAUGUGUCCUCAGAAGGCAGUAUUUUCCAGUUUUCGGACACAGCUUGAGUGUCUUUGUUGUCUGUUUAAAAAGUCUCUUUUUAGCUUUAGCAUAUUGUGUAGAACUGCAGCCCUGCGUCAGCAUUUCUUCACUGUUACUUUGAACACCUUGUAGGUGAGGGGUGUUAAUUUAACACUGGGGUUUUUGCCAUGUAGAAAAGAAUAUUAAUGAAAUUUUUAAUUGGGGAGUUGAAACUUGCAAUAUGUUUUUAUUGUAGAGUUUUAUUGUAGAGUAACCUCUUAAAUGUGUAAAUAUGUAUAUGUACAGUAUAUGCUGACCCCCUAAGAGAAAUAGUCUGUUUGUUUUUGUGUGUUUGUUUAUGAAAUGUAGAAGGAUGAAUGUUUAAUCAUGAAAUUCCCUUUCACUGUGUUCUUGGAGAAUAUAUUCUGCUGUGUUAAUGAAUGUCUCAUAUACACAGAGUGUGUGUCUGAUGCUGAAGAAUGCAGGGAUAUAGGAAAAUCUAAACAGAGACUUUUUGAACGUCUUGGCUUGGACAACGGCAACACUCAGAAUACCAGAAUGUGGCCCUUAAUAUUCAAUGACAACCCUGUUGACACUAAAUACUUCAACCCUGCCUACAUUGCUGUGGACCUAUAUGUGACCUCCAUCAUAAAUGUGAAUGAAAAAGCACAGAGCCUCACGACACAGGUCAAAAUGAUAACUGCAUGGCCAAAUUCGAAUAUGACGUGGGAUUGUGCUGAUUAUUGUGGAAUUGAAAUAUUUGCAACCUCUAAAAAUAAUGUUUGGACUCCAGAUAUUGGUAUAAUGGAAAGCAUCAAGACAGAGUUUGGAACAAAGGAGUCUCCAUAUGUGCUGUUGUACUCUGAAGGCCUUACAGUCUCAACUGAUAUUUUUGCUCUGACCACGGCCUGUAAGAUGGAUCUCUACAAGUUUCCCUUUGACACCCAAAGCUGCAAUAUAACACUUCAGUCUACAGUGUAUUCAGAUCUAGAGAUUAUACUUCAAACUGUUUAUGAAUCAGCACGUCUUACUAAUAAGUCAAAGGAGCUCUUUCAGGCCCAGGGAGAGUGGGAGCUCCUCGAUAUACAAAACAAAAAUGCUACCACUGAUGAUGGCCUUGAAUGGUUUAAAAUACAUCAGCUGAUAUAUCAGAUCACCAUAAAAAGGAGACCUCUACUGUAUGUCAUAAACAUUAUAGUACCAGUAUUUUUCUUCCUUGUGCUGGAUGUGAUCUCUUUCUUCAUUGACACAACAAGUGGAUCAGACAAGAUGAGCUUUAAAGUGACUUUACUUCUGUCUAUUUCUGUGAUGCUGCUGCUUGUUAAUGACAUGCUGCCGUCUGCGUCUGAACACAUCCCUCUGAUUGGUGUUUAUUGCUGUGUGAUUUUCUGUCUCAUUGGCAUCAGCAUGGUGGAGACCAUCCUUGUGAAUUUUAUGAUGGUUAAAGGGGCUGAAAAGAAAUCAGUAGAAAUAACAGCUGCUGUUACUGGCAGAGAAGACAGUGUAAGAGACCAGCAGAACCCUCCAGACUCAGUCAGAGAUCAAAAUGAAGAGCAAUCUAAUAACAUCCUUCUGAAUCAGAUCCUCACUGAAGUUCGGGCUGCAACUCAACAAAACCAACGACAGAAACUGUCCUGGACCAGAGUGGCAAGAAUCAUAGAUGUGACCUUCUUUAUUCUUUACAUAAUCACCAUUAUUGUGUUUAUGUCUGUGCUUUGGAAGCUUUGGCUUUCAUAGUGAUGUCUUAUCUGAUCAAAUAUCUGAUAUGAUAGCACACAAUAUUAACUUUUCUUCAGAGUUUAUAUACAGUUUAUAGAGUUUAAUACACAAAAAUACAUGGGCAAAACACAAAGAUGUGAAAGGAUUUCAUGAAGGAUUCAUGAGGAUUUCAUGACUUACAUGAAAUCCUGACAGAGGUUUAUAAAAUACUACACUAAAAAGACAGAAAAACACAAUCAUAAUAAUACUCACUGCAAAAUUAAGAGAUUAAUGUUUAGACUUUUGCGUAUUAUAACCUGGAUGUGGGAAAUAAUUACAGUUAGAUCCAAAAGAUAGUUUUAGCAACAUAGCGCAGAUGCAACAGAACAUAGUUAGCCUAUUAGCUGUAUAAGAUUGUUUGCUACACUAAUAUAUUACUUUACAGGCAUUACUGGCUUGUACUUUACAAUUCAUAAUAUUAUAAAUUUACAGUUUAUUAAUGGUCUCCGGUUUUACAAUGCUGCAAUUUUUAAAGACUUAAAGGUUAAAAGCUUAAAGGCUUAAAGGGUACACUAUUAUGAAAAACACACAGCUUCAGUGUGAAAUCAAUAAGAAAAAGUAUAAUUUCAUAGAUAUUGUCAAUAAUAGCUGUUCAUAUUAAAAUAUGUAUAAACUACAUCAAAAUCUUGUCCUUUAAAUUUCAUGUACUAUUUAUUAAUUAAAAAUUGUUUCUGCUCCAAUUAAGCUCAGUGUGCUCCCUUUAAGCUUAUCCACAUUAAAUGUCUAUGUAAAUACUUCAUAAACAGACUUUAAAUAUUAACUGAUGGUUGUCACUUUAAGUUAAUCUUUAUACAAUGAUUAAUAACUUAUUUUCACAGCCUUAAAGGGUUAGUUCACACAAAAAAGCUGCCUGGGUGAAGGGAACGAAACUUGAUUUUGAUUUGUUUUUAUUUAUAUUAUCAUUAUUAUUGGUUGUUUUGUAUUAUUAUUCUGUUUUGUUAUAUUUACUUUGAUUAGCUGAAUUGGAAAUAUAAUUGUAGGCCCACCGUUUAUCCUAAAUACACAGCUGUUGUCUCAGUUAGGGGGUCAGUUUUGGUUCCAUUCAGUUUUUCCUUAUACUGCGUUGAAGGUUAAUGUUUAUUUUGUUGACCUCAGUUAUUUAAGUGUAGCCAUUAUUUGUUAGAUUAUUUGUUGGAUUAAGUUUGUAUUCUUUUAGUUAUAUUUUUUGAUUGGUUGGUCACAAUAAAAUAAAUUUUUGUUGGAA